CAUUCAAAAAGCAAGCAGGGGUGGUGGCCUGAGGUCCAAAGGGCUGAAAACUUAAGCAUGGAAGAAAUGUACCAAGUAAAAGACAACCGGCUGGUUACUUGGGUACAAGUCGGGAACUCCGUCAACUCCCCUGAAGAAAGUGGAAGUGGCUCGCCGAGAAACGAACCAGCAGGGACCUCCAACGAGCUGGCAGGGACCUCCAACGAGCCGGCAGGGACCUCCAAGGAGCCGGCAGGGACCUCCAACGAGCCGGCAGGGACCUUGAAUGAGCCGGCAGGGACCUCCAAGGAGCCGGCAGGGACCUCCAAUGAGCCCACAGGGACCUCCAACGAGCAGGCAGGGACCUCCACUGAGUCUGAGCACAAGGAAGCAGAGCACAUGCAAAGGGUUACAGACAGGGUACCAUCUGUGCUGGAACAAAGUCCCAACAGACCCCACAAGCGCUCUGUGGUGGCGCUCAACCAGAGAGUGAAGAAGAGGAGGGAAGACCAGAGCUUAAAUGAGGAGGAUCCUGUGAUUGAGUUUUUUGACCCAUCUCCUGAGGAGCCAGAGGCUGAGCCCCCAACAAAGAUUCAUGAGGUAAUCCCUGAGGCCACAAUGGUGAACCCUAGACUCCCCAGAGUUAUGCCCCGCAGGCCUCCAGGUGCCCUGGGGAAGAGGCCCAGAAGAAGACCACGAGGGAGUAAGAAGAGGGUCAAGUGAACAUCACCCGGUCCAUGUCUGAGC